CUGACAUCACGAAUGCAAAGGGAAUCAGGUGUUUGAGAUGCGCCGCCUGAAAUGAAGACGAGUGCUGCGGUAAAGGGAGGAGUCAAAAAACAGCUCGAAUGUCGGACACGCCCCUAAUCUCGCUGUUUUGUGUUCCUGUAAACAUGAGGAAUAGAAGACGUUUUUUAAUCGAGGACGAUGCAGAUGCAAUUUAAAAACCACUAUUUAUACAAGAAGAUGAGGAGAAUCAACGAAGCAGACACGCAUACACAAACACGUGGACCAGAUUUAUGCCAGUGUCUACCACCUCCCCCCGUCGAGAAACAAACACAGGACCACCAACAAGGGCGAUCACCCUCUGGACCAAUCAACAUGCUCGAAAUUAGCCGUCCAACCAAUCAGGUUAACCCCAGAGCCCUUUGGACUGUGUUUUACUGUGAUCUCCAUGCCCAGUUAUUUGAAUAUAUUUGCAUACAUUGAAACCCUACAGAACGCUCUGUGCACAAUUACCAGCGUGUUCGAGUAUUGACUUUAUAUCAAAUAAUAUAGAUUAUUGAACAUAAGUGCAUAAUGAAAGGGAAAAUUGGCUAAGCAAAAUCCCUGGCAUUUGCAUUCACUUCCGAGGCCCUUAUAGUUUAUUCAGUGUGUACAUUGUAUUUUUAUUAAUAUUCAAUUGAUAAUUCUAUGUGCAUUUGUGUUUUUUUGGGGGGGUAGAAUAUGUAGAAUACCUCGUUUUCCUUCAAUUUUCUAUAGUAAAACCAUAUUUAUUAUUUCUCACCGAUAUUUAUGAGUUAUAUAAAUAUGACUAAUUUCUUAAAUACCAUUCUUUGGACAAAUUUUAAACAAGCACAUCAUAUGUGUGGAUGUUGGACAACCCUUGCUUCUGGUCAUUUUGUGCUAAAACUUUGCCAUCAUGCGUUUCAAGCGAGGCGCCAUGAAAUCCCAGCGAGGAAUUAAAGCCCUUUGUGUUGCCAUGGUGCUGGUCGAGUGACAGAACAAGAAACAGGGGAGGGAUUUAGGGAGAAGGGGGAGGGACGCCAAACCACACUCAGCGUUCCCAUUGGCUGAAGCCGUGUCACAUGUGACCUUUGGAAUGCAAAUGCCUGAUCCCCCCUCCACUUUCACCCUCUCUCUCGCUGUCUCUCUCGCUGGUCUGCGGUAAGCUUACGGCACAAACACAACCCAGAAAUGGUGUAGGAUAGCCGGAAAGCAGGAAGAAAUCCAAUCCAAGAAGGGAAAGGCAACGCCAGAGCGUAAGCUUGCGUCGAGUGUGGCAGCGGGGAGGUCGGGGUUCAAAGGUAAAACAUCGGGGUGGCACGAUGGAGGGCGAGCACAGCGCGCCCGCCUCCAGUGCCAGCAGCAGCACGGGUACCAGUACCUCCACCACAAACUCCACCAGCAGCUCCACGGCUAGCUCCACCAGCAGUGGAAGACAAGGCAUUCCCCAGAUAUCUGUGUACAGCGGCAUUCCCGACCGACAAACUGUGCAGGUGAUCCAGCAGGCCUUGCAGCGGCAGCCCAACACAGCGGCGCAGUACCUGCAGCAGAUGUAUGCGGCUCAACAGCAGCAUCUGAUGCUACAGACGGCCGCAUUACAGCAGCAGCACCUCAGUACGGCGCAGCUGCAGAGUCUGGCAGCAGUGCAGCAGGCCAGUUUUGCAGCCGGUAGACAGAAUUCAAACCAGAACGGGACCUCGUCUACUCAGAGCGGACCGUCGCAGACCACAAUUAAUUUAACCACUUCCCCCGCCGCUGCUCAGUUGAUCAGUCGCGCUCAGAGCGUAAACUCCGCCCCCUCUGGGAUCUCCCAGCAAGCUGUGUUGCUAGGCAAUGCAUCCAGCUCCACCUUGACGGCGAGCCAAGCCCAGAUGUACCUGCGGGCACAGAUGGCUCAGCAAAGCAACUUGGUACAUGUGGCCAGGAGUCUGGGCCGAGCCGUUCCUCUCUCCUCACAGCUGAUCCUCGCACCUACAGCCACAGUAACCGCUCUGCAGUCCGACACUAAUGCAGUCAACAGCACACAAUCUGCAUCUGCACAGGUACAAAAUCUCACCCUGCGCAACCAGCAGGGGGCGUCUUCCACCUCUGCAGGCCUUCAGGCUCUUAGUUUAAAGCAGACCCCGGUCUCCAUCCAACCCACCCCGCUCAUCAAGACCCCCAGCUCAGGCGCCGGAGCCGGGAAGAGCAACUUGACCACGGCUUCCUCAGAGGACAGGAAGAAAGGAGAGAUUGAAGCACAGACGGAAAUGAAAGCGUUGAACAUGAGCCGUAGUGUCUCCUCUUCACAUCACCUGAUCGCACCAGCGUACGCUCAGAUCCAGCCCCAGGCCCUGAUCAAACAACAGCCUCAACAGUUUAUCAUUCAUCCACAAGCCCCGCCCACUUCCAGAACCCAUCCCCAAUUACUACAGACCGCCUCCGUCCAGCCUCACCAACAAACAGGCUCAUUGACCAUCCAGAACACCACCCAGACCACCACCAUAGCAGGGAUCAUUCCGGUUCUCCCCAAACCGGGGCUUUACACCCAGGGAUCAACGCAAAGUCAUCAAGCUACCAUCUUCCAUUCCACCAUUAGCCAUCAUAGCAUCGGUCAACAUGGCUCUCACUCGGGCCUGGCGCACGCCAAAGCGCAACCGGUGCAGCUGACAGCCAUCAACCUCCAGAUCCAACCCACACAAAGCCAGGCUUCACGACUAGCUCAGGAUGAUAAGGAUAAACCCACAUCUCUGGUUUUAAGAGAGAUGUGCCCACCGGUGCAAGUGCAUCCGACUACAACAUCCCAGGGCACGGACCCUCCAGAACAAUCCAAAGCCGAAACUGCUAACGCUACGUCUCAAACGCAAGCCUCUGUGGAGACAGCGUGCGAACCCCCCGGACCGCAGGUGACCCCGGCCAUGACCCCGGGAGCCUCGAGCGAGCCGCCGGCAGUCGUGACUGGAAGCGCGCCGCAAAACGGCGAGAACAAACCCCCUCAGGCCAUAGUAAAGCCACAUGUGCUGACACAUGUCAUCGAGGGCUUUGUUAUCCAGGAGGGAGCCGAGCCGUUUCCAGUGGAGAGACCUCCUGUUCGGGCAGACAGCCCCAAGAAACCAGACACUCAGCUUCCCUCUGAUCCGGAGAAAACCACCAGCAGUAAUUCCUUCAGUGCCACAAACUCGGACACAGAGGAGACUGGACCACAAGACACAAUAGCUCAGGAGGAGCCAGACGAGCCCAAGCUCACCUGUGAACUCUGCGGAUGGGUCGAUUUUGCCUACAAAUUUAGGGGGUCAAAACGGUUCUGUUCCAUGGUCUGUGCUAAAAGGUACAAUGUUGGUUGCACAAAGCGGAUUGGUCUGUUCCACCCAGACAGAACUAAAACAGCCAAUCGGUGGAGGAGGAGAUCUCACAGUCACAGAGGCAGGGAGGCCAAAAAACAGAGGCUCUCUGUGUCUCAGCAAUCUCAGGGCGAAUCUGUGUCCUCGCCACUUCAAUCUCAGCCCAGUCAAGGAGAGUCCAGUCCCUGUUCGGAUAUCUCCAGCUAUGAGGAAGCAACGUCACCGCUAUCAGCAGCCAGUUCUGGACCAAUCGGCUCUCAGGGUGGGGUCGUCGCUAAUGAUCCCGAGGAACUUCCUCUCCUCCGUCAGCACUUCCUGCCGUGUGACCCCACCAAAUGGAAUGUGCAGGAGGUGUUUGAGUUUAUCCGCUCUUUGCCCGGUUGCCAGGAGAUUGCAGAUGAGUUUCGUUCUCAGGAGAUCGACGGACAGGCCAUGCUGCUAUUGAAGGAAGACCACCUAAUGAGUGCCAUGAAUAUUAAAUUGGGACCCGCCCUGAAGAUCUUCGCCCGCAUUAACAUGCUAAAAGAUUCCUAGUCUAAACUUGACACCCCAACUGCACUACAACAUUUUUUAAAUAUACUGUAUAUAAAUAAAUAUAUCUUUGUGAAGUGUAAACCUGCACUUCUUCGUCACAAGAACUGAAGUGAAUUCAGGCAGAAAAUGACUCGCCUACCUAUGAAGAAUCGCACAAAUGAUUUAUACCAAAUGGAUGGAUCGUAAAUUGAUUAAAAAAAAAGAUGGAUCAGAGAUUUGUGGCUUACCUGGUGAUCAUAAAUAUUUGGGUAUUGAAGAUCAAACGCGGCCGAUGCCCGAGCAGAACCAUGAUGUGGGUUCAUAAUCCCACAUUCUGUAACAGAUACUGUAUAUCUGAGCUGUACAUUAUUUUUUAUUGUUUUCAGGUAUGACUUUUAUUCUCACGUCUUAUUGUACAUGGCAGAUGCUUUUGUAUAAAUGUUGAAGUAAAUUAUUCUUACCUUUGUGUGUGAGUAUUUGUUACAGGGUUGUAAUCGCAGCAAAUCGGUGCUAUUUAUCUGUCACGGUUGCUUUCAGAAGACUUGAAUAAUAGAAGCACAGAAACAUUAUUCAGUUUUGAACCUGAAAAAGGAUACCAACAGUACGGAAACGUUCCUGUCACAGCAUCUCAUGCUGUGUGUCAGUACAGACAUGCUCCAUCCAUCUUAACCUGGUCCUGAGAUGCACAUGAGAUUGUAUUUAACUUGAACAUUGAGAAUGAUGCUUGGUUGUUUUUAAUCGUGCUGGGAUUUGUCAUUGUAUGUUGAUAGGAUUGUGAUGUGUUUUUGUUUAGUACAAUGCUUUGUGAAAUGCCUGUAUUUAUCAGAUGAAUCAAAUUUGUAAUAUAACAUUUUUUAAUGAAGGAUUUACUGUA